AUGUUGCACUUUAAGAAGGCAAUGGAGAAGAAGAGCCAGAAGCGCUUUGUGCUCAUCCAUGGGCUCUGCCAUGGCGCAUGGACUUGGUACAAAACGAAAACGCAGCUGGAAGCUGCAGGUCACAGUGUUACCGCAGUGGACCUGGCCUCAUCAGGUAUCAACAUAACCAGACUGGAAGAUAUUCAAACACUGAAGGACUACUGCAAACCGCUGCUUGAGUUUCUGAGCUCGCUUGGCUCAGAUGAAGACGAAAAGGUGAUUCUUGUUUCUCAUAGCAUGGGGGGAAUUUGCGCUGCGCUUGCUGCUGACACCUUCCCUCGUAAGAUCUCUGCUUCAGUCUUCUUGACAGCUUUCAUGCCUGACACAAGAAACGAACCUGCUUACGUUUACGAAAAGCUGAUCAGAAGCGUUCCACAAGAGGACUGGUUGGACACAGUGUUCGGGACCUAUGGGAAGCCUGAUCGUCCUCUAGAGUAUGUUCUUUUCGGACCAAAGUUUCUAGCCAAGAGCUUAUAUCAACUCUCUCCGGUCGAAGAUCUUGUAUUGGCAAAGAUGUUGGUGAGAGUAAACCCAUUAGCCACAAAGAAUCUGGUAGGGACAAGAAGCUUUAGCAAGGAAGGAUACGGAUCCGUUACACGUGUUUACAUCGUAUGCGGAGAGGAUCUUGCGAUAUCUGAGGAGUACCAGCGUUGGAUGAUCGAGAACUUUCCACCAAAAGAAGUAAUGGAGAUCAAAGACGCAGAUCAUAUGCCAAUGUUCUCAAAGCCUCAAGAACUCUAUGCUCUUCUCCUGAAGAUUGCAGAGAAAUAUGCCUAA